GCCAUGAAACCUGGUCUCAAUGCAAUCUUAGGACCCACCGGCUGUGGCAAAUCUUCGCUAUUGGAUAUCUUAGCGACAAGGAAAGAUCCUACAGGGCUGUCUGGAGAUAUUUUGAUAAAUGGCUACCGUUUGCCUUCACAUUUUAAAUGUAUUUCCGGAUACGUAGUACAGGAUGACAUUGUCAUGGGAACCUUAACUGUCCGAGAAAAUUUGGAGUUCUCUGCUGCCUUGCGGCUACCUUUGUCGACCUCGGUACAAGAAAAGCGGGAGAGAGUUGAUCAAGUUCUCAGGGAGUUGGAUCUGGCUAAAGUGGCAGACACCAAGGUCGGCACCUAUUUUACCCGUGGAGUUUCUGGCGGGGAAAGGAAAAGGACCAGCAUUGGCCUAGAGCUUAUUACACACCCGGUCGUAUUGUUCCUGGAUGAACCGACUACUGGAUUAGAUGCCAGCACGGCUAAUGCUGUCUUGUUGCUCUUAAAAAAGAUGUCAGGGCAAGGAAGAACAAUCAUUUUUUCCAUCCAUCAGCCCCGGUACUCUAUUUUCAAAUUGUUUGACACCAUGACAUUACUUGCUGCUGGAAGGCUUAUAUAUCAUGGACCUGCUGAUGAUGCUCUUAAUUAUUUCAGCGAUCUCGGCUAUGUGUGUGAACCAUAUAACAACCCUGCAGAUUUUUUCCUAGACAUCAUUAACGGAGAUUCAACUGCUGUUGAAAUGAGCAAAACUACCAUAGACACUAUAGAUAUUGAAGAGACUGUCAGAGAGCAGGAGACCAUUGCGGAAAGAUUAGCUGAAAAGUUUACUCAAUGCAGCUACUACAAAACAAUGAGAGAAGAGCUGGAUACACUGUCUGCGGAAUAUAAGAACAGGGGUGAAACGUAUAAAGAGAUUCCAUACUCCACUCCCUUUUUUCAUCAGUUGAAGUGGUUGUCGAAACGUACAUUUAAGAAUUUGAUAGGUAAUCCACAAAAUUCUACUGCCCAGCUGGUUAUUACCACUUUUCUGGGAUUAAUUGUUGGAGUUGUUUUUGCUGGAGUUAAAAAUGAUGCCACUGGCAUUCAAAAUAGAGUUGGUGCUUUGUUCUUUUUGGUUACUAAUCAGUGUUUGAAUAGUAUAACGACGGUUGAACUUUUUAUCAUUGAAAAAAGAAUAUUUAUACACGAAUAUAUAAGUGGCUAUUACAGAGUGUCUGCAUAUUUCUUCUCAAAAAUAAUAGCUGACAUGAUGCCCAUGAGAACCUUGCCUGGAAUCAUCCUUACCUGUCUAAACUAUUUCACAAUAGGUUUCAAACCGACUGCAGAGGCUUUCUUUAUCAUGAUGAUUACCAUUAUAUUAGUCGCCUACACAGCCAGUUCUAUGGCUCUGGCAAUAGCAACAGGACAAAAUGUGACAUCGGUGGCAAACCUCCUCAUAAACAUUUGCUUUGUUUUUAUGAUUGUUUUCUCCGGCUUGUUGGUAAAUCUGCCAACCAUUUCAUCUUGGUUGCUAUGGCUACAGUAUUUUAGCAUCCCUCGCUACGGCCUCAAUGCUUUGCAAAUCAAUGAAUUUACUGGGCUCAACUUUUGCGAGGACAGGACGGAUGCAGUCAACGUGUCAUGUCUCACUCCUAGUCCAUUUACAAUAUGCACCGGAGAAGAAUAUCUAAAGAUUCAAGGAAUCCUUGCAACUCCUUGGGGCUUCUGGAAGAAUUUCGUUGCACUUAUAUGCAUGACACUUAUUUUUCUUACCAUCGCAUAUCUGAAAUUGAGAUUUCUAAAGAAGUAUACUUAAAUGAAUGGGUUGAAUAUAUCUACUGCACUUUUAUAAUAAAGAUGUAAUAUUUGUAAAGUAUAGAAGUCAUUAAA